AUGACAUCUCAAAGAGAAUGUAUACAGACUUUACUAGAGCACUUUCACCAAGUUGUUUCAUCAGAGAAUAAUGACUUGAUCGAGAUCCUUGGAAUUGCAAAGCAAUUGAAAUCCAACUUACCACCCAAUACCCCCUUCACAUUAUCCUCAAUAGUUAGAGGUUUAUAUACCAAAAACAACCAGCUUUUGUCGCUAGUUAUCCAUGCUAUUCAUGGUUUUCAGCAAUACGGUACAGAACAAUUCAAGAACUUCAUAAAUGAAUUAAUACUAUGGCUAGAAGAUGACAAUAUUAUAUUGUUUGAGAAAUACACAACUCAAUUGAAUACUGUGGUUGUUGAUGACACUACAACAUUAAAGAGACUACUUGGUCCCAUAAGCAAUUUGAAGAACUAUUCAAAUUUUAUCAACAGUUGUACUCAAUACUUAAGAAAUCCAUUUGUACUUGAAAAACUAGCAACGCUUUCAAAACAUUUACGGGCCAUAUAUGACAAUCAUGAGUACAUGUCACAAUCGAAGGAGUUGAACGACAUCCAGUUCUCAGGUAUUCAAUCAUUCACUUCAACUGUGCUCAAACAAAAGGAACUUGUGUCGAGUUAUUUCAAGACCGAUCAAAUAAUACGCAGAACUGCUCAUGCUCGUAUUCUACUCGAUGGGGGUGAAACCGAGUUGUUGCUUCUUGAUUUGAUUGGCACUGGCGACUACAAUGCGUUGGCUAUUUUAGAUAUUACAAAGGACAGUCGAUGCAAAACACGCAGAACGUUGAAAUACCCUCCCUUUAGAGUCAAUGAAUUAUCCUUAUCUCAUUCGACCGGAACCAUUGAUUUAAAAGCAAUAAAUUUUCUGUCCACAAAUGGUGCAGAGGGAUCAAUGCUGAUACAAUUUGAAGACCAUGAUUUAUGUGCAAAGUGGGCCAGAUACCUAUCAAAACUAUUCCCUUUGAAACGUGAUAACUCUUCAAUAAGUGAAAAGUUCUUGAUACAUUCGGAAUCAAGCUCUUACAGCAUGUCAGGGUUGGGGAUAAAUAUUGUGUCUGACGCAGAACUUGUACCAAAGGAGGCAAUUACUCAAUUGUCAAAAAGUCCCACUUCUUUCAAAGAAUUAUAUGACUCGCCAGCACCCUCUCCAACAAAGACCAGGGCUAGUUCAGAGUCAUUGAGAUCACAGUAUGACAAGUCAUUACCAAUUAUGAAGAAGGUGAUUACAGAGCAGCGUGUCAAUGUGGAUGACAAUAAUGAUCAUGAUGAUGAUGAUGAAAAAUUGUUUCAAAUUAUCAAUCAAAGGAAAUAUUCUGACGAUUACCUGAAUGAUGCAGAGAGACCGAAAUCUUAUCAAGCGGAAUACUGCUCACCAGAGAGUGUACAAUCUACCGAUAAUGAUAUCAUUGAUGAAAAGCAGAUCGAGCCUCCCAAGUUGUAUCUGAACACGUUUUCAACAUCAGCGCCAGAUCUAGGAGAAAAGCCAAGAAUGUAUCAGUUGUCAAGUGGGUCCGCUAUUGAUAUUUCCAAGUUUGGACAGUCAUAUCAACCAAAUUUUAGAGGAUGCAUAGAGAGGAAGCCAAGAAGAAAGUCGAUACUAACUUUCUUCAAAAAGUCGUCUAAAGUGGAUUUAAAUGAAUCACAAGAAACUUUGGCGCAGACAACUAAGGAGGAAACCGAGACACCACAAUCGUCUCAGCCUGCAGUAACUAAAGACGAGACAAACUCUCCCAUAAUUGACUCAAAUCCGGAAAAGACCAUGACCAGAUCAGUUUCCAGUGUUCCUGCUCCGUUUGCUUUACCAUCAUCAACUUCCACGUAUUUUUUUAAGCCACAUGUUAAUGCAUCAGUAACCAGUGCAACCAAGCAAGAGAAUUUAACAAUUCCAGCGGAAUUGAAAAAUUCCAUUAAUCUGGAAACAACGACUGAUGUCUACAUCUCGGAUUCUUCUCCUAAAGCAAUCAAGAUCUCCAAAUGGAAGCAACAAUAUGGGAAAUGGGAGAUGGUUACUGCUGCGGAAAGCAUUUUUGUAAAGAUAGCUGUCAAUCAAGAGGCACAAAAGAGUUGGUUUCUUGUGUUUAAAGAAGAAUACGAUGAAAGCAUUGAGGAUGUUAUCGACAAACCUGUGUUGAUACUUGACAUUAACACAAGCACAGAUAUUAGAUCAUCUUCAGGAUCUGAUAUACAAAUUCAAACAAAGAAUUCAAUUAGUAAGGAAACAAUGCAAGUAAUGAUUAGGUGUUCCAAAGGAGCGCUCAUUUCUGAAAUUGCCAGCAAUCUUCAAAGUUCAAUAAAUUCCAUAACUACACCUACACGCAAUCAUUAUUCGUUGAGCUCCUCCCAGCAACCUUCAAACAACACAUUGUCUUCGUCAUUGAUGGAUAAUCCCAGCAAAUCAUCCACCUUCACCAGCCUAAGCUCAUUGUCGAAUUCAAUUGGCGAUGACUUGUCCUAUGCAUGUAUGAUGAAUAAUCCGAACGCGAUUCAUGCCAGGCAGAUUGAAAUGACUAUUCGUUUGCAAAAACAACUACAAUCUUACUCUCAGCGCAAUAGUCCAUCAUCGUGGGAGAUUGUGUCAAUGAUGGAUCUAUGUGUUGACAAGAUUGUUGAUCACCAGCAAGUUGUGUAUCACUUACUGUUGACCAGUGCAAGUGAUGUAAUAAGCUGGGUAAUCCCCAAUGAUAAGAAAAGAGAAAUCAUUGAAAAGAUAGGCAAGGCGGGACUUUUAAUCAAGCUAAGUGAGACAGAAAUCUACAUGCUUGAAUGUAGAGGCAAGAAAGAAUUCAAACAAUUGUAUGAAAUAUUUUAA